AUGCUGGUGCAAUAUCAAUCGAUCAAAAUUCUGUUCCUCUUAUUACAUUUAUUGAUACAGCGAAAUUCUUGUAUCAGUGAGAAUUCAAACUUGGAAAGAAUAAUUCAUCAAGGUUGGGCCAAGUGGUCUGAAUGGGGCCCUUGUUCUAAUUUGUGCGGUGAUGGAAUAUCAAGUCAGUUGAGGCGCUGUUUGGACCUACGAUGUGUUGGACCAAACCGCCGUGAGCGUGUUUGUAACAUGCAACAAUGUAACAACACUUCCUCAAUUCAUUCUAAGGAGGAACGUUGCUCAGAGUUAAAUGUCAUUGCUAACAAUCCUAAAUUGUUGUCACAGAAAUGGGUGCCAGUCGAGAGUAGCUACCAGUGUAUCGUGGUGUGUCGUUCCCUGAAAACUGGUGAAGAGAAGAAAUUAGGAAAAAUGGCUGAUGGCAGUGCGUGUCACAUCGAAGGAUACAAUAAAUCUAUUUGUGUGAAUGGCAUUUGUCAGCAUGUCGGUUGCGACGGCAUUGUGCAGUCGAACGCUCGCUACGACCUUUGCGGAAUAUGUGGCGGCACGGGUGAAACUUGUCGGAGUACAAUAUUCCAGUGGAAAGACACGAAACACUUCUCACCUUGCGACACAACUUGCGGACCGAAUGCUUAUCGAGUGUCAGUAUCAGUAUGCCAAAAUGUGCGGAAUGAACGAGUGGUGCCGGAACGACUUUGUGCUGACCAGCCUCGACCACGUCCACUGGUCGAGAAAUGUCCACAUAUCGUUUGUCCAUCACAAUGGAUGACCGGAAAAUGGUCCGAAUGUACAGCAUCCUGUGAUGGCGGACAUCAGACUAGAAAGGUGUACUGCGUUGAAAGUUCCAACGAUACAAGCGGAAUUGUUGUGGAAAACCGGAAAGUAGAUGAUCAGUACUGCUGGCAAACCCAUCGACCGGCAAUAAGCAGGAAAUGCAAUCGGAAAAGUUGCCCGAAAUGGGAAAAGGGAGAUUGGAGUUCGUGUUCCGUUACGUGUGGUAAAGGUUACCGGACAAGACAGGUUGAGUGUCAACAAGAAGGUGAACGGAUUGAUGAUUACGCAUGCAAGGAUACUGAUCGACCGGAUGACAGUCAACCGUGCUAUACCGGUAUCACCUGUCCAAGUGAAUUCUACGAUUCAAUUGUUGGACCUUCUGACAUUUCAUUCAAUCGUUUUCGCUACGUGGCCCAAGCACCAUUUGCUAAGGCCUGGAAUGACGAACAGCGCAUCCAGCACGACAGUUUCGCCGCUUCGACAUUUGACAAUCUAAUGGGUGGCAGUGGCAGCAUGGGUUCAGGUACUGAUGUUGGUGCCGGCGGUAGUAAUGGUGCAAUUGGUACACAACCACGGUUUUUCCCGGGUCAAUGGGGUCCAUGCUCAGCAACGUGUGGUCCCGGCGUAGCUACACGUACGGUUGAAUGCAUAGCUUUACAAGGAAUCACCUCAAAUAUUAUUAAACUGCCAGACUAUGAAUGUGAAGGUACGCCAAAACCAAAUGCAUUUCAACCGUGUCAAGUGCAGCAGUGUGCAUUAAAUGACGCAGAUAAUGAGCUACCUGUACGUGAACGAUCGUUGACACCCACACGUUCAUUCAAAUGGGAUUACGGUGACUGGACAGUUUGCUCUGCUUCUUGUCUUGGAGGUAAGCAACGUUCCACUCUUAGAUGUGUCGAUGUCAAGCGACGCACCACUGUCGCAUGGUCAUUUUGUGAUGCCAAACAGCGCCCUGUUGAUUUGAUACGUUCUUGCAAUAAUGACCCUUGUCCACCGGAAUGGGAUAUUGGUGAGAUGUCACAAUGUUCACACACUUGCGGCGGUGGUUUACGCACUCGAAAGGUACGCUGCGUACGGCGUAUAUCACGGACCGGUGGUGCGGAAUCGACACUGAUUCUACCAGAUGGCCAGUGUCCACAGCCAAAGCCAAUCAGCAACGAAGCGUGUGGCCUGGUAGAUUGUCCUGCGGCAUGGAAGACUGGUAAUUGGGGUCAAUGUUCAACAACUUGCGGUCCUGGUGAGCAACGUCGUGAAGUGACCUGUGAACAACGUGUAGCUGACGGUCAACUGAAACACUUUUACCCUCCAAUACAAUGCCGUCAUAUCGAGAAGCCACCAACUGUCCAACUUUGUGACUUAGGUGUGUGUAAUAGCCUGGCUGAUUCGACGUUUCCGGAAAAGGAUGAGAUUUCAUCUCCGAUGUCAACUUUGACAUCACAGCACGGACAUAGCCGAAAGUUGACACUAAAUAUAGGUGGCAGUGCAAAGCUGUUUGUUGGCACAUCGCUGAAGGUGAAAUGCCCAGUUCGUAAUUAUGCAAAGAAUAAAAUUACUUGGACAAAAGAUGGGCAAAAGAUUACGAACAAUGCGCACAUUAAAGUAUCAUCAAAUGGUGCAUUACGUAUUUUUCACGCCCGAAUGGAAGAUGCUGGCGUAUAUGCGUGUAUAGCUAAUGGCAUUCAGGGGAAUGUGACGUUAAGUUUCAAGUCACGAGAAAAUAAAGAUGGAAAUGUAAAUGAUUCUCGCUCAAUGUUAAAUCAAAAUAUGAUAGAGAAUGAUGAUUUGGAGAACGAUCCGAUUGCUGUUGAUCAUCAACUAAUACAGAAAGUGCGACAAUCAUUAAAAGACAACGAUGACAUUCGAAUGUUGGAGAAAUUAGCUGAAGUGACUGAACCAGGCAAUGUUAAGAUUGAUUAUGCUACCGGUGAAUGGUCAAAAUGUUCCCAUUAUGAAUGUGGGAAACCAGGACGAGCACAGGUAAGACAAUUAAAAUGUCGGAUUAGUUACCAAGGUUCGGUUGGCUACCUGGAUGACGACGUGUGUGAAAGUUUCGGUGUGAUGCGACCACCUUCCUCGAGAAGUUGCCUUCCAUCGCAUUGCCCGCGGUGGCAGGCAUCACCGUGGUCUGAGUGUUUAUCUUCCCGUUGUAUCCGACAUUCCACAUCCAUGCAAAGGCGUGAAGUGAAGUGCGCAUAUGAGAAUGGUACAAAUGCGCCAUUUGAAUUGUGUGAUCGAGAAAGUAGACCAAAAGUGAAAAAGGAAUGCAUCAAUGUGAACUGUACGGCUGAUUGGAGACCAUCCGUCUGGGGACAAUGUAGCCGAACAUGCGGCGAUGGUGGAGUGCAGAUGCGUUUGUUACGUUGCGUAUGGCGUGGAACACGUAAACCAGCUGGUCGCAAUUGUCAAUCAUCGUUGCGGCCAACAGCAAUUAGAGCGUGCCAAGAAGCUAACAAUUUAUCUGAAUGUCCAUCAAAAUUAUCAACAGACAACAGUUCAAAUAUGAUGGCUGAUAGUAGUUGUCUCGACAAAUCAAGAUAUUGCGAGAUUCUCAAAAUUUUCCAUUCCUGUGAUAAGACGGAUAUUCGAGAGAGAUGCUGUUAUACAUGUAACUACUACAAGUACGAAAUGGCAAAUGAAAUUCAAAUGAUGUAA